CGAAACGUGCCACACAAUCGACCAUGACAGCGAUCUGCUUCGUGUGCAACCUGCCGAUCCUGAGCCAUCAGGUCGGGCUGGAAUGGCAGGGAGGAAAUGGCUGGGACGACCUGGUGCGGGAACAAGUGGAGGAGUCCACUUUGCAGCAACGACUCGGGACCGGAAGGCGAGACUCCGCGACGCAAAUCUCGCCGCCGAACGAACCGCAGGAGGUGUCGCCGACGAAUCAGCGCCGUCGACGGUCCAGCCUGGCACAAUUGACGGACAUCCUGAGGGAGUGGAGCAGCGGAGGUGCUUCCGGGAAAGCUGGGCGCGGAAACAAGCUUUGUCGGCGGGAAACGCUGGCGGACAUCGCGAAAUCCAUGCCCUGGUCCAGGCAGACCACAGACGCCAGCCACCUGGAGAGACUCCGGAAACGACGCGAGAGCUCCGUGGACAGCGGGAUCAGGAGCCAGCCGUCGACGAAAUCGAGGCGAAACUCGGCGAUCAGCGAGAUUAAAAACGACAUCGCGAAAUUAUGGAGCAAGAGGGAGGCUGCCCCUCAACCCCAACCACCGCCGACCGUCAUCUCGCCAACCCCUCGUCGAGGGUCAGCGGAGUUGCGGAGUUCCCGUCGCGGUUCCAGCGAGAGUGCGAGGUCCAGAAGGGACUCGAUGGUCGCUGGACAGACCACCAGUACUGGCGAACGGAAGCAUAAUUGCCGCCAUCACAGACGCAGACAGUCGGAGCAGUCCAUGGAUGGCGGCCUCGGGGCGACGGCUGCCAAAUAUUUUUCCAGCACCGACAGCGGGACCAGCAACGCUGUCAGAGACCAUCUGGAGACCAGGAGUUCGAUGGACAAGAGCGACCGAUCGAGCAGCCUCGAGGCGAAGACGGGGGAGGCUAAAACGGUAACAGCGACGACGACCACCACCACGACGACCACGUCGACGAUCGACGGCAAGACGCCCGUGAUCUCUGCCGUCGAUUCGAAGUCGUCGUCCACGAUGACGACCUCCGCGUCCACUCGGACCGCCACCAUGUUGACCGUGGACACGAAGGUGGUUUUGGAUAACAAGAAUUUAACUCUGGACUCGACCAUCACUCCCCCUACCAUCAUAAUGUCGUCGACGACGCCGCCGACGAUCUCGCCGACGAUCGGUAGCAGCCUUCCGCUACCUGGCACCUCCACUUCCGGUAGCUCCAGCCCCGUCGGUUCGCCGAACGUUCACACGCCUACGCAUCCUCUGGUCGCCACCAGAAGAGAUUCGACCACCCAGUGCUAUUAUAAGGGAAACGAAGCGUCGCCGAAUAAAUUGUCGAGAUUAACGCGACAAGCGGCAGCAAUAGACGAAUCGAUGCCACCUGCAGGACGUCGCGGGAGUCAACCGACUUUAUCGCCGGAUCCUGACGAAGGAGGUCGCAAAGCACGCAGGGACUCGCUGAGCCCGGAUUGCGCCUCUUAUCCGAGACGUCGCGACUCCAGGAGCCAUUUGAGUCCGGACAGGAACGUCGAUAAAAGGGAUAUCAGUCCUAUCAGGCAACGAAAGCAUCAGCUCAGAAGGCAGUCGACGUCUAUGGCCAGUCGGCCACCGAGGUCGCCGGACAGUUCUACGUGCUCGUCGAGAGACCCGAGUCCUUGCGCGCGUGCACCAGGAAGCAGCCAGCACCCACCGGUCAGAAGACAGUCGACGACCAAAGAGAUCUUCAUAGCUCGUGGUUUCCGGCGCCAGGGCACCACGGAGGAAAUAUUGAGAUGUCGAAAUUUUCGUAGGCAGAGCUCCCAAAGCGACGAGGCGGUUCAGAGAUACCGAGGACGCAGAGACAGUUCCGCUCAAAUUACCGAUGGCACAUUCGCUUCGAUGACCGUCGAGACAUCGAGCACCUUUUUCGAUAGCAGUACUCAAACUGAGCCAUCUCCGUUGUACGACAACAAUCACUACCACGAGGAAUGCCUAAAAUGUAACAGCUGCGGCCUGAAUCUCACCGGACCCAAUCAGAAACGGGCUAGACGGUUCAAAAAUCAAAUACUUUGCGAUCUGCACUUUGCUGACGUGACGCUGAUGGAGUGCUCGGACUUCAUGCAGCAGUUGCGCAGCUUCAAACCACAAAGUUUAGGCUGCGCAGUUGCGAGAAGAAAAUCAUCGACGACCCUGAUCUUCCCGCUGCCGCCGCAAGCGUGCUCAGAUGAAUUCUGUACAGAGUUCCCGCACAACCUGGUGCCGACGCCUGGAUACUGGAUCGAGUGCUCGAGACAGCAGAUCAUGUCCGACACGAUCUUGGACGAGAGCGAGAGCGGAGAAGCCACCGACCUCGAGCAGGGGGAGGACCAGCCGGAGCCAGCGCCGAGACGUCAGGACAACAAUUACUGUUUCUACGAGGAGAACGAGGUGGAGAUCGACGAGGUGCCGCGUAGGAAGACCACCAUCGAGGAGCAAUGGGAGAAAAAUCAGGGAUUCGAGCUCACAUCCGUCGAACAGGAGACCUACGAGAAGUACUUCUACCAGAGGGAGCAUUGGAAUUACUUCACCAACGACGAGGACCUCGGACCGGUGAUACUGAGCAUCAAACAGGAAACGCUCAACAGCCGGGAUCAGUUCAGGAUCCUCGUUAGGGCCAUCAGCUACACUGUCCACGGCCUGAUCCCUGCCAGCUGCGUCUUCGCCGAUCGAUACAAUCGUGAGGAAGUCGUUCGAAGUCUCGGGAAAGAAGUGAACGUGAAUCCACCUCUGACAUUGGGUCAGCUACCGGACACCCAGGAGGAGUUGCUGAAACUGGACCAGGUGUUCAUCAAGUCGGAACUGAAGGUCGGGGUGAUGUACGUUCAAGAAGGCCAGUACACCGAGGAGGAGAUACUCGACAACAACGAGAACUCGCCGCUAUUCGAGGAAUUCAUGCAGAUCCUUGGCGACAAAGUUCGACUGAAGGGUUUCGACAAGUACAAGGGUGGCUUGGACACCAUUCACGACCUGACGGGCUUGUACUCGGUCUACACGAACUGGAGAAGCAUCGAGAUCAUGUUCCACGUGUCCACGCUGCUGCCUUACGAGAAGCACGAUCCUCAAAAGCUCCAAAGAAAGAGACACAUCGGCAACGACAUAGUGUGCGUCGUGUUCCUAGAAGCUGAUAACACUGCAUUCAGUCCGGCAUGUAUAAAAUCGCAUUUCCUGCAUACGUUCAUUUUGGUGCGAGUCAGUCCACGUAUAAAAAGGAAAAUCACCAGGUACGAAGUGUCCGUCGUUACCAGGGACGAAGUCGGAGCCUACAAGCCCUACCUCUGGGAGCAAAACGUCUUCGAGAAAGGUCCCAUGUUUCGUGAGUGGAUACUAACGAAAAUCGUGAACGGAGAGAGAGCAAGUUACUCGGCGCCGAAGUUCGCGAGAAUGCAAGAGAGGACCCGUAGCCAAAUGUUGGAGGACAUCGUGGCCAACUUGGCCAAUCACGUGCAGACCGGUCAAAUCCCGAAACCAUACAGACGCGGUUCCUGGAGACCGAUCGGUCACAUGAGACCGUCGUCGCCGCUUCUGGACUCGGUCAGAGAUCAGUUCGAGGACUACGAUCAGCUCGCCAAGGACUUCACCAAAGUGUUUUUGAACAAUCAGGAGAACGCGUCGGUGAACGCGAACCUCUUUGACGUCUCGUUCUUGGUCCCCGGUCAGCAGAAGCAGAAAGUCAGGUUCAUAGGCGUUAGGGCGAUUCUGGCGGUGAGAAGCAGAGUGUUUCAAGAGAUGCUGUACGGGAUCCAAGCCGGUUUCGGAAGUCCUCAGGUGCCGGUCGCCGAGCUGCUCGCCAGACCAGCGCCCACCUUGCUCAGCCCGCAAAAACCACGCAGCUCGAACUUCCUCCAAGUUCCCGACUUGGAGACGCCAAGACCCAAAAGCGUGCCCUCGUCGCCGAUGGUGAUGCGCGCGUUCUCGAGGCUGGGCACGAUCACCGCUGGCUGGAGCAGAAGCAUCCGGAAACACGGCGGCGGCCACACGUUGCACAGCGACGACCGGAAACGAUGGGCCAGCUCGCAGGAUUGCAGCAACAAAGAGGCGAAAGAGAAGGAAAAGGCUGCUCAACAAUUGGCGGUGCCCAGACUCAGCGUGUUCGCGGACGCGCAAAAGGUCGACAGAGCAAAAUUAGCACAGACAGAGUUCGAUAUAAUCGAAUUCGACCCGGAGACGUUCAGGAUCCUCCUCGACUAUCUGCACACCGGUUCCUGUUCGCUGACCUGCAGCAACAUCCCCGGGCUGAUCUGCGCCGCGGAGCAUUACGACCUGCCGGACCUUCUUCAAGCGUGUUUCCAUCACGCGAAACAGUUCCUACGCAUCGAGAUCGUCUGCGUGAUGCUCUGCACGCUGGAGAACUAUUGCUGGCGGUACACGUCCGCCUCGGAGCUGGUCAACAUGAUCCUGGCGUUCAUCGAGACGAGGGCGCGACAACUGUUCCAGAACUCGAGCUUCCUCACGCUCAGCGAGUCGAUGGUGCAGAUGAUCAUGUGCAGGGACCUGGAGGUAGGCGAGAUCGAGAAGUUCGCCGCGAUGCUCAGCUGGGCGGAGAACAGGAUCAAGACCAAGUCCGCCAAGGUGGACUCGAACGUCGAGUUCAAGUGCAUCAUGGAGAGGCUCAGCAGAGACCUGAAACUCUACAGGAUACCGCCCCAUUCGCUUAUAAACAUCGUUUUGAAGUCGAAAGCGAUUAGAAACGAGAGGAUCCUCGAGACGUUGAUGUACCAAGCGAACUCGGGCACCUACAACAACGUCGGUCCGUACGUAGAGUCUUUCCAGAAGGAAGUGCAAAAUCAGAAGAGUACCGACUGAGGCAUGUAAAUGAUUGUUACAGUGAAGAUCGAGAGAAUCGCGAGUUCGCAAACUAGGGAAACUCGAGUUACGAAAAAGAAGAAGAAAAAACCCAGAAACUCAACGCCACAAUUUCGUCGUCGAUCUCGCGAAUAUUCUUGGCCAUUCGAGAACCGUUCGGCGAUGAAAGCAUCGAGCGAAGGGGGAGCUUCAGCAGGAGGGUGUAAUCACGCCGGAAUCAUGAUGGAUCGCGAAAGAGGCUCGAUCAUCGUCGUGGCGAAACUGUUUGAUGAGCUGAAACGCAGUCGUGGACGCGGUUCCUCGAAGAGGGGGAGGAAAUAAUCAGUUUACUUCGUGUUACGUUCGCGACAGAAACUGUAAUCGACUUUCGCGCGAGGUAGAAAAUGUUUAGUUCGUAAUAGAGGAAUGUUUUCGACGGGAAUGUCGGUGCUCGGUGCUCCUGGAAGGUUUCUGACGUUCUGAGAUCCCGAAGAUGGAGGGAAAGAGAGAGCUAGGAUCGAUUGGGGAAAGAUUUCAUCGAUCUGUAGGGUGCUCGGUGCGGGUUUGGACUCUUAGUUUCAUACGUCGGUAAGAAGAAGAACACCAAUGGGGAAAAGUAAUGCACAAAUUUCAUAUCGUUCUAAAAAAUAAGGUGGAGAAAGGGUGGAUUCUUCUCCGAGGCGAAACACCAAGAACUCGAGGGUGCGUUCAGAGUCGAUUAAACGAAGUAAAUAAUUAGGGGAUCGUGCGUCCGAUCGUUCGUCGCUGCUGAAAGCAGCGUCGUAGCCACCGGUACCUGCAUAUCGCGGCCAUUUUGUCGUGGUUACUUGCCACGAGACCGCAAGAGGAGGGAGAGAGAGAACAGAUCCAUCGUAAGCAGCGUUUUCGCGAGAGAAACGAGAGGAGAAGAAGAGGUUGUAUCCGAGGCUGAGGAAUUUUAACGGCAACGAGAUGCCGAACAUGACAAUCUGUAUCAUAAACAACAACAAAAGAAAAAAAGAGAGAGAGAAAGAGAUACGAAGAAAGAAAAAAAAAAAACGUUACUAAUAAUACGGUAAACGUACGGAUUAACUACUUGGUAAGCUUGAAUGAAUUUAACUAUACAUAUGUACGUAUAAGGGCGACGCUAAUAAUAACAAUAAUAAUAAUAACAUAGGCGUAACAAGAAUAAUAAACGAUAGUAAUAAUAAGAAAUGAUGUUGAUGUUGAAUGUGGAAUUUAAAAAGACGAAGGAAGGCGAGACAAACCGAAACAAAUGGUAUUCGAAGUCUGUUCUGUUUUCUAUCGUAGUUUUUGUAUCUUCAAUACUCUAAGGCAGAAAUUCUAAAAAAGAAAAAAAAAUACAAUUCACGAGAACAGGCUGGAAAGACAUAUAACGACGUAACAAAAAAAAAAAAAAAAAAAAAAAGAAACGGAAAAGAAAAAGGAAAGAAGAAGGCAUUUUCUCGUUUUUAAAGGAUCGAAGAACGGAGAGACGUGUGUAACAAAUUUCGGUUCGAUGAUUUUUCUAAUAAACGCGUACGCGUAUCGACGUCGUUCGCCUCGAGAACCGUUCAUUUUAUCGCGACGUUCGGGCUCGUGCUCGAUAUAUCGUUCAGACUGGCCUGGCUCCCGACCGUUUCAUCGACUGCAUUUUCACGAGCAAACCAGAGAGCGAACGAACGCGCGAUCUCGUCGUACAACCACUAAAGAGGCUGAUUUUCGUCCACCUGUCUUUUACCCUCUGUCACUUUUCACUGUCGCUCGUGUCUGCUCUGCCCCACCCCGAACCCCGAAACGACUCUUCUCCAAAGUUCCACGAAAAAGAGAUAUUUUUUACACCAACGCGUUUCUGGUGCCCCAUGGUGUUGAUCGUAAUUCCCGUUCGUCGCGCACGCGUGGACGCGAUCGUUCCCAACGGGGCCAGGACUCGACGCGAACAACAACCGCGGAAAAUAGAAAUUUA